GUACGUGCAACUGUCAUUGGAAUCCUGUCGGAAAUCUCUGAUAUUUCUUUAGAACUUUCAACAUGAAGCGCUUCGAGAAUACCGAUCUUCAAACGCGAGAAAUAUCGCACAUUUGGUGAAAGACUCAGACUUUUGAUUUUUGUCUAAGAAAUAAAGAAAUUUCUGAAAGAGAUGAGGAGAGUAACCAAAAGGGUGAGUAACUGAGAGAAACUAAAAAGAGUGGUUUAUAUAGGCCUUAAAAAUUUAAAACUCGCUUCUAGCUAAUACGAUUUUGUGUCAUUAACCCUAAUUCUUCAGAAAGGGUAAAUUUUUGAAAAGCACGUCCAUCAAUGUCGGCGAACACUUCACCGCCGCGCCAAUUCGGAUGUCCCUGGCCCGAAUUCAACGACGGCCUCAUUUACCACGACGUCGUUCCACCCCCCGAUGACGGGUUGACACUGAUACAGUUCUACUCCAGCAAGUACAAGAGUUCAGCUCCAUUACAAGGUUGGUUGCAGCGUAUAAAAAACAAGCAGAUAACAGUUGAUGGGAGUGUUGUUACAGAUCCCGAUGCAGUCCUAAGAGUUGGCUUUAAGCUAGUCUAUCAUAGACUUCCAUGGAAGGAACCUGAUGCACCGUACAUUCUUGAAAUCUUGUAUGAAGAUGAUGACAUGAUUGCUCUAAAUAAGCCUUCUGGUUUGCAAGUUCUGCCUGGGGGUCUUUUCCAGCAAAGGACAGUUUUAACGCAGCUUAAAUGGGAAGCCAAUAAGCAGAGUACCGUUAAAGCACACCAAAGGCUUCAUUCUGUUCCAGUACAUCGCCUAGGGAGGGGAACUUCAGGAUUAUUAUUAUGUGCAAAGACAAAACGGGCCAAAGCUCGGCUUGCAUCUUAUUUUGCUGAUGGAACUUCUCAGAUUGGAGGAAAAAGAGAUACAAACAAGGAGCAUGGGAAGAUUGCAAAGAUAUACCGUGCACUUGUGAGUGGGAUAGUUGAUAAUGAUAAGGUGAUUAUUAAUCAACCAAUUGGAAUAGUGAAAUAUCCUGGUGUCGCUACAGGGUUGUAUGUUGCUUCUGAAUCAGGAAAACCAGCCCUCAGUAUAGUGAAUGUUCUUGAGAGAGGCGUACAAGGAAACAACACAUUGGUCCAGGUUCAGAUAGAGUCUGGACGGCCACAUCAAAUACGCAUUCAUCUUUCUUUCAUAGGGCAUCCUCUGUUAGGUGAUCCUCUUUAUUCUGUUGGUGGGCAACCUAAAUGCUUAGAUUGUGACUUCAUCGAUGAGAGAUUUGCUGCUGAUGGGGGAUAUGAGAGGCCUACCAAACCAGUUCCUGGAGAUUGUGGGUAUUAUUUGCAUGCACAUCAAUUGAUUAUCUCUCACCCAGUAACUAAUGAGGUUAUUGAAAUCAUUGCACCCCUUCCUUCAAUCCUCCAGACAAAGAGUUAGGUCAAGCGAACCAACGUUAUGCAAUAGACAACCGCUUAGGGGGUGUUUUUUCCAUGCACAAUUUUCAGGAAUGUAAAAAUAUGUUCUUUAGGCUCUGAAGAAAUGCAUAGAUACGACACCUCAACAUGGAGGAUAGGGAUUUAUUUACCUCAAAAUUGAGUGGAAGGGAGAUCUUGUCACUAGUGAGAAGUGAAUUUUAGCUAGAGUUACGGUAUGCAAAUAUUAUUCUCAGCAAACACCAGUAGGAAAGUCUACUGUAAUCUACACAAUUUUCCCUAGCUCCAUCAACCAAGCAUAAUGUUAGUCAUAUUAUGCCUAUUUGUGAUAAAUUUGCUCUUGUUACUAAGAGACUUUUGUUUGAUGAUGAUUCAAAAGGACUUUUAUGUUAAAAAUAUUUUUAGAUUUGA